UUUCCAAAUGCUAAAGUGAUGGAGCUCUGCGGAGGCGGAGUUUGAAUGGCUGCACAUUUUAUAAAAUGUGGAGUCAGGACUAAUGUAAUUUCUUUAGUGUGCCCUUUCAGCACUACGAUCUUGAAGGAAAAACUGUGCUUCACCACAGCCUAAAUCCACAGAGCUUCCUGUGAACCAUCAUGGACGAGGACUUUGAUUUCGAACGUCGCAGGGAGUUGCGUAGACAAAAGCGCGAAGAGAUGCAGCGGGAAGCUGAGAUAAUAAAUGCUCAGGAUGAUGAUGAGGAGGCGGCCCGUGAACGGCGCAGACGAGCCCGACAGGAACGCCUGCGCAACAAGGACAAUGACGAGUCGAAUAUCGCAGCAGCAGAUACAAACAGUACAGAGACAUCAACAUUGAUCACCGGUUCUGCACCGUCUGAGGACGACGAGCAGGCUCUUCUGGAUAGGAUUGCCAGGAGAGAGGAACGAAGACAGAAAAGGAUGCAGGAAGCUUUGGAGAGACAGAAGGAGUUUGAUCCCACAAUUGAGGAUGAAAAUGUCACCACCACUGAAGAAAAGCCAGGAACGGAAGAAGAUGCAUCCCGUAAUGAGGUCCCUUCAACAAAAACCAACUUGUGGAAGGAAAGCAAAGACAAGGAGAAUACAGAAGAAAGCAACGUUAAGGUUGAGGAGCUGGCCACUGCGAAGGACGAGCCGGCACCAUGCACAUUUGGUGAAGAUGCCAAAGAUACUUCUGAGAAGACAGACAAAGCAGAAGAGGAAAGACCACAGACAUCCGAUUUAAGAGAACAGGAAUUCACAAAGGAGAAAGCCAAAGAACAAGCUGUACCAAGUGAGGAAGAAUCUGUCAGUGUAUAUAUAGAGUCUAAAGAAAAUACAGAUUUAGAUUUAGUGAAGACAGAGGUUGAAGAUGAAGGUUUAGUGUCAAAGAAAGACAGGGAGGAAGAUCCUACAAAAGAUAACAGAAUUGUAGGCCAAAUCAUAGAAGUGGAAGUCACCACAGCUUCACCUAAGACAGAGGAAAAGAUGAUUUUGGAGGAAGAGGAACCUGAAGAUAAACUUGUGGAAGUCAUGGUUAGAUUUCAAGAUGAAUCUCCAGAGAUGGUCGAUGAGAAACCUACAAAAGAACAAGAGAAAUCCCAUGUACCUGUUGAAGAAACGUCAAACAAAUUUACAGAGGAUGCUGAGGUCAAGGUCCAGGUCCAAACGAAAGAUGAGGAGAAACCACAGGUAAAAAAUGAAGUUGAGUUUAAAGUCCAAAUCCCAAAGACAGAAGAUGAGAAACCAGAAGUGAAGAGGGAGUUUGAGGUGAAGUUUCAAAUCCCGAACAAAGAUGAUGAGAAACCAGAUGUGAAGAGGGAGUUUGAGGUGAAGUUUCAAAUCCCGAACAAAGAUGAUGAGAAACCAGAUGUGAAGAGGGAGGUUGAGGCGAAGUUUCAAAACCUGAAGAAAGAAGAUGAGAACCCAGCAGUGAAGAGGGAGGUUGAGGCGAAGUUUCAAAACCUGAAGAAAGAAGAUGAGAAACCAGAAGUGAAGAGGGAGGUUGAGGUGAAGUUUCAAAUCCCGAACAAAGAAGAUGAGAAACCAGAAGUGAAGAGGGAGGUUGAGGCGAAGUUUCAAAACCCAAAGAAAGAAGAGGAGAAAUCAAAAGUGAAGAAAGAGGUUGAGGCGAAGUUUCAUAACCCAAAGAAGGAUGAGGAGAAAUCAAAAGUGAAGAAAGAGGUUGAGGCGAAGUUUCAAAACCCAAAGAAGGAAGAGGAGAAAUCAAAAGUGAAGAAAGAGGUUGAGGCGAAGUUUCAAAAUCCAAAGAAGGAAGAGGAGAAAUCAAAAGUGAAGAAAGAGGUUGAAGGGAAGUUUCAAAUCCCAAAGAAAGAAGAGGAGAAACCACAAUUGAAGAAGGAAGUUGAGCAGAAACCAUCAACGCUGAAGAAGGUUGCGGAGAAACCGGCUGGUCCAAAGAAAGAGGUUGAAGACAAGCCAAAAUGGAAGAAAGAAGUUGUAGAAACAAAGUCCAGAUCUGAAGACAAAUCCAAACCAAAGACCCAAGAGAAAGUGUCGACAAAGCCACCGGAUGCGGACGAAAGUGCAGCAAAAGCCAAGAAGCCUGAGAAGAUAUUAAGCCCGAGUGGCUUGCGCUCACCUGACUCUGAGAAGCAGGAUCCAAUUGCCAAGCUGGAGGCGGAACGGAUGCUGCAGGAGCUGAAGCGCAGGAGGAACGAGACGGACAACGAGACGAUGGAGAAGGUGAAACAGAAGCAGCAAACGGCUGAAGCUGAGCUGGAGGAGCUGAGGAAGAAGAGAGAGGAGAGGAAGAAGAUCCUGGAGGAGGAAGAGAAGCAGAAGAAACAACAGCUGGCCGAAAAGAAAGCCAAGGAAGAGGAAGAGAGAAGGAAAAUGAAAGAAGAGAUUGAGCGGAGACGAGCAGAAGCUGCAGAGAAGAAAAAGCAAAAGGAGGAGUCAGAAGAAGGAAGCAAAGUGCCGUUUAUCGCUCCUAGAGGAGCAUCCGCAAAGAUUGGAGAAAAAGCUGAAUUUUUGAACAAGUCUGCUCUUAAAAGUCCAUUAAAGAUCUCACACACUCCAUUAGUUUGCAAGAUUGGAAAUAGAUUGGAGCAGUACAAUUCUGCUCUUCAGAAUAAAGAUGUGCCCAAGUCCCCCAGAUCUCCUGUGGACGUACCUGUGGCUGAAGGGGUGCGUAACAUGAAGAGUAUGUGGGAGAAGGGGAAUGUUGUUAGUCCUACUGCAGGUCCCACAAGCCCACCGGCAGUCACCAAGGAAACAGCUGGUGUGAACACAGGUGUGGCCGGACGUGUUAACAGCUGGAAGACCAAAACUCCUGAACAGAAACCUGCUGAACCAAAGCCAACCAUUGAACCAGAAAAACCAGCAGUCAAAACGGAUCAAAAGCCAGCCGAAGUAACAAAAACACGUGGCCUAUGGGAACCAAAGGGUUCCACUCCUCUCAAGGGGUUUCAAGCCAAGAGUAAAUUUGUCACUAAUGGAACAAGAAAAUAAAGACACCUUGACAGACCCUGGAUCAGCCAAAGUUGAAGACACAAAUGUGCACUACAGUGAUUCUCAACUGGUUUUGCUUCAGGCAUCAGAUAUAACAUUGGGCAUCAAGUUGUGACCAAAAGUGUUAAAUAUUACACUGACAUAUAAUUACUACACUGUAUAAAAAAGAUUUAUUGGUUUAACUUAAAAAAGUAAGUUACCUGGUUGUUUAACAUUUUUCAUUCAACCAAGAAUAUUAGUUGACUCAAAAAAGUCAAGUAAUAUUUUUAAGUUGAAUUAAAUCAAAUUUUAAGGCAGCCAACCAGGUAACAACUAAGUUGUUAAGUUGACGUUUAAGUUGAACCAAGGUUUUUUAACAGUGUAUGAAUUAGCUCAGCAAAUUAGCUUAGCUCAAUUAUUGAAAAGAAUUUUCUCCAUGUAUAAACAAAUAAGCAAUUAUGGAAGAAACACAGUGCCAAAUACAAUAUUAGUGAUAACAGAAAUUAAUGCAUUUAGCAUUGUAUUAGCACAGACCUUCAGCCCACCCGUUGAGAAUCACUGAAUUACACUUUAUAAAUGUAUUUAACAGGUGAACUGAAUUGAAAUAAAUGACUGACAUAAGGUUUAAAAUCAUUAUCUUACUCUUUGUUUGAUGUCCAUUUGAUAUUUAUCUUCUUUGUGUUUAAUAUUAAUUUCAUUUGGACAUUUGAAUCAUGUAAAAAAAACCUUUACAUUUAUUGCAUCUACUUGUGUAGGAAAGCUUUGGUUUCUUUUGAGCACACUUUUUAGAAAAAAAGGUACUACCCCAACUUUCACUGGGUUUAAAGGGGUCAUAUUAUGAGAUUUUUUUUAAAGAUGUAAAAUUAAUCUUUGGUGUCCCCAGAGUGCGUAUGUGAAGUUUUAGCUCAAAAUACCCCACAGAUAAUUUAUUAUAACAUAUUAAAAUUGACACUUUGUAGGCCUGAGCAAAAGUGUGCCGUUUUGCCUGAGUCCUUUAAAAUGCAAAUGAGCUGAUGAAAUGCAAACACUGAUCACAAUGUUGGUGGUUUGUUAAAAUUAAAACUCAAUUGUGCUGUCAAUUAUUUUUUUCUCUUUCUUUCUCUCUGCACUACAUGGCAGUGCCGUGGUUGAAUAGUGCAGAUUAAAGGCACACCGCGGAACUUUUUGGCCACUAGGGGGCGUUAGACAUGUAUUUUUCACGCUUAGCGCCCCUAGAGGCCACAAGCGCCGCAGCACUGUCGCAAAGGAAAAGAACUGGCCAACAUUAAAACUAAAGUAAAAACUAAACCUUUAAAAACUAAACGCUAAACAAUCAACAUUUUGAGGCAUCAGGGAAAAACGCAGUAUGUUACAACUUUCUGAUGUCAUUUAUAAAGAAGAUUGCAUUUAUGUAUGAAUCAAAAUCGUGAGUUUAUAUAAAAAAUUGCCUUAAAGGAGAAUCGAACCCGGGUCACCCAUGUCAUAUGUCCGUGACAUUAACACGGUGCCACAGAGUCACAAAAUAGAAGUUGCUCUCUACACUCCUGAAGUAGCCUCCAGCAAAAUUCACGUAAAAAAAAUUGUGUGGAGGAAGUGACGUAUGCUGUAAAGCAGUCAAAUUUUUGUAGUUUUUUUGUGCGUUGGUUACUACUCGAAACCCUAAGUUUUAAAGUACGAGUAAAAGCAAUACAGACCCCAUCAGGCUAUGCUAGACAUGUCAUUCAACCUAUAUAAAGUUGAUGUACUAUCACAAGGGUCUUGAAAAUGUACUAUGAAGGUUGAAAAAUUACAUGGUGUUGCUUUAAGGGGGCGGUAUUAUUGUAAUUCGCCUUGCUACCUACCUCACCAAACAGAGAAAUCAGAACAACCUAAUUUUUCACAUGCUUGCAGAAAAUGGCUUACCCAAACGAAGUUACUGGGAUGACCUUUUUCACAUUUUCUAGGUUGAUAGAAGCACUGGGGACCCAAUUAUGGCACUUAAACAUUGAAAAAGUCUGAUUUUCACGCUAUGACACCUUUAAACCCUUUAAAAAGGUCCUUUGUAUCAUUUAGGUACAGAUAUAUAUACCUGUAUACACUCUAAAAACAAACGGUGCUAUAUAGCACCAAAAGUGGUUCUUUGCUCGUAAUCAUAGAAGAACCGUUUUUAGUGCCAUAUAGCACCGGUAAAGCACCUGUGUAGAACCA